AUGUCAAACUUCGAAAAGAGCUGUUGCAGCGAUGGAAAUGAACUCCCAGGCGAUCCACGGACAAUGAAGAGUCGAGUCCUCGAAAGCGGAGCCUCGAUAAUCCAGGACUUCACGCCGGUAAAGCAAAUCUGCGCGCAUCUCAACGCAUUCCACAACUACGCCAGCGAUCCAACCCGAUGCGUCGAGGCCAAUCAUUAUUGCACUCACUUAACAGAGGAUAUGCGCCAAUGUCUGAUCUACGACUCGUCCAAGGCAAACGCCCGCCUCAUCGGCGUGGAAUACAUGGUCUCGCCGCGCAUUUUCGCGACCCUUCCCACCGAAGAGCGUAAGCUCUGGCACACGCACGAGUUCGAGGUCAAGAGUGGUAUGCUGAUCAUGCCAGCACCGACUGGUGUUCCCGAUGCUGUAUGGGAAGCUGCCGAGACGGCGGAGAUGCGUGAUGUUGCGCCUAUCUAUGGCAAGACGUAUCAUUUCUGGCAGGUUGAUCGUGGUGACGCUGUGCCUCUAGGUCCGCCGCAGUUGAUGGGCAGCUUUGUAUCGGAUGAGAGUGUUAAGCUGGCACAUCCCGCGGGCCUGGAUUCGUUGCUUGAGGAUCGGAAUAAGAGGUACGGGGUGGAUCAUCGGCAGAAGGCGAAGAAGAGGGAGGGCAUUGAGCCCGUUGAGAAGCAUCCGGUUGAUGAAGCUCGAUCUGAGAAAUACCAUGCUUCCAAUUCACCACAGAUGGAGCACUUAAUCCGGUCUGUAAUAAAGGCUGCCAACCUGCGUACCAUUGGCCGGGUCGCGCUCAAUGGCACCAGCACGUUCUGCGCCUGCGCACUGAUCUGGGAGCACCUGAUAACUAUCCAGCUCAGCGAGGGCCCGUCGAUGUACCCUACCUUCGAUGUACGAGGUGACUGGCUCCUGAUAUCGCGCAUGCACCGCAAUGGCAAAGGAAUCGAGGUCGGAGAUAUCGUGCGAUAUGGCCAUCCGAACUUUCAAGGCGUGCAUGUGGCCAAGCGGGUAGUGGGCAUGCCUGGGGAUUUUGUCUGUCAAGAUAAGCCGCUUAGUACGGAUAUUGGCAAGGAGGGCAAUAUGAUUCAGAUCCCCAAAGGUCAUGUCUUUCUCGCCGGCGACAAUCUUCCCUGGUCUAGGGACUCGAGGAAUUACGGUCCAGUGCCCAUGGGCCUCAUUAAUGGGAAGAUAAUUGCCAGGGUAUGGCCUCUGUCGAAGAUGGAGUGGGUGACGAAUCCGUUGAAACCGGCGCAGCUGGAUGCCCAGAACAUUUGA